CUUUCUUUCUUUUUAUUAAAAAAUCAUGUUUCAAUAUUUAUCUAUUAUUGUUCUUUGUAUUAGUGGUUUAAUUCAAGCUAAUCCACAACAAGUAGCUUUUUCCUCUCUAGACAAAGUUCCUCAACAUGGUCGAUUUUUACAUUUGACUGAUAUCCAUAUGGAUGAUCAUUAUCAUGUUGGUGCAACCAUCACAUCAUUCUGUCAUCGUGAUCCAAAGAAACAUAGCAAGAAAAAAGCACGCAAGGGAAAAUUGGCUGGUUAUUGGGGCGCACCUGCUACUGAUUGUGACUCUGCUCCUCACAUGGUUUAUCAUAGUAUUGAUUGGAUUGCUCAAGAAUGGAAAGAUAAAAUUGAUUUUGUUAUUUGGACGGGAGAUAAUGCAAGACAUGAUACUGAACCUGGUAAGAUUCGACGAUCGGGUGAAGAAAUCCUUCACUACAAUAUCCGCAUUACCGAAGCAUUACAACGAGCAUUUCAACGUCAAAAUUAUACCAUCCCGAUUGUACCAUGUCUUGGCAACAAUGAUGUUCAUCCCCACAACAAAUUAUCUGGACCAACAAACGACGAUCCACAGGAAAAUAAACAAUUGAUCAUCUAUAGUCAUAUCUGGCGAGAUUUGAUUCCAUCCGAUCAAAUCAGUACGUUUCGACAUGGAGGUUACUUUAGUGUAUCAGUGGCACCCGGCAUCCGUGUAUUAUCCUUGAACACACUUUACUUUUUUGAUUCCAACGAUGUAGUAGGUGGAUGUGAUGUUGAUGGACCUGGAAGGGAUCAUAUUCAAUGGAUGGAACAACAAUUAAACGAUGCACGACAACAAGGUGAGAAGAUCUACAUCAUGGGUCAUGUCCCACCCACUACCAAAUCCUUUAAACAUGAUUGUCUUGAAGCAUAUACCCGUGUUUCUUUGAAUUAUCAAGAUAUCAUUCAAGCUCAUUUUUAUGGUCAUGCCAAUAUGGAUCAUUUCCAACUUCUUCAUUCAUCCAAUAAUGAUGAUGAUGGUGAUGAUGAUAUUGUGAUUCGUGGUAAUAACAUGGCAAGAAAACUUCGAAAACAAUACAAACGUAGUCUGAAAAAAUACAACCCUGAAGAUUUGGUCGUGAUUCAUGUGGCGCCUCCUUUGUUACCGGUCUACAAUCCGACAUUCCGUGUCAAUGAAUACAACGCCGAUCAUCAAUCACCUACCUUUGGCAUGUGGACAAAAUACACUCAAUGGUACUCAGAUCUCGCUUAUUGGAAUCAUCAAUACAAUUUGGAUAAUACCACUCGUCCUUCCUUUGAAAUCGAAUACGCUACUGAUGAUGAUUAUGAUAUGCAAGACUUGUCUCCCCAAAGCUGGUUACAUUUCGCUUCUCUGUUGGUCAAGAAGUCUCCCGCCGCUCAAUCCUUAUGGUCCAGUUAUCUACAAAAUAUGGUGGUACAGACAUGAUGGUUUUUAGAAUAUAGACUUUUAUAUGUGUAGAUACAUUUUUUUUUUUUUGAAAGAAAAUAAUAAUAAUAAAAAGACGCUUUGAUUUUUUUUUAUUGAAU